CCCGCAUCAGCCUCUGCCUGCCUGGUGGCACCCGAGGGCUGUUGGAUGAGGGGAUGGGGGAUUCCCUCUGUACUCCUUCUCCCGGGCCCUUCCAGGCCAAAUGCUGGGGCUCAGAGACACAGUCGAGCUCAUGUCCUAGGGUGUCCCCGAGGCCAUGCUGUCCCCUCGUCCCUUCCUGGCUGCCAGUGGUUUGGGAGGAACCCGCACCUGGACCACUUCUUGUUGUGCCACAGGGCCCUUGCUGACAGGACUCUCCGGCCCAUCGGUUGCCUCGGAGGGGUGUGAGCCAGGAGCUGGCGGGGAAGAGACGCUCGCGGCGUGAGAGAGGGUUCUCCGCUCCAUUGUCUCCACGAUGCCUCAAGCCUCUGAGCACCGUGUCAGCCGGGCCAGAGACCAAGCGGUCGUCACAUCCCAGCCCAAGGCUGCCUCCAAGCUGCCCAACGGACACCGAGCCUUGAGCCAGGAGCGCCAUGCCGCUGCCUUGGCCUCCUCCACCAUCUCCAACGGGCUCUCUCCAGCCCCCAAGCUUCGCCUCCUGCCACCUCGGCCCGGCCCGCUCGAUGACCGGGGGAAGAAGCUGGAGCUCGAGCGGGGCCGGGCCUCGAAACGCGGUGAGGUGCUCCGCAGCUCGGCAUCCCGCCGAGGGCCCGUGAAGGCGGACCACGCGGUGCGGGUGCCCAGCUCUCCGCAGGUGGGCGCCAUGUGCGGCAGCGCCUCCUUCUCCCCGCCCUCCGAAUCCAGCAGCAUCGGGGACCUGGGCCAGGGUGGCGGCCGGGCCGGGGACGGGACAGCAGUGCUGAGCCGCCUGGUGCUGAGGGACUGCAGCCACCAGCUAAGCGUGGGCUCACUCGCUCUCAAGAGAAGCUCCUCGCUCCGAAGGGUCAACGUGGCUCCAGGGCUGGACGGGAAGCCUGUGGCCCCGCUGCUCUCUGUCCGGCCUGAGGGUUGCCCGAGGACUCAUGCCCCUGACCCCCAGUACACCCACACCCAGGACGUCUCAGCACCCAGCAGCCCACCCCUGAGCAGAGCCCCAGCACCUGGCAGGCCUGAGGAGAAAGCAUCAGCUACCCAUCACACCCUCCUUCUGGGCUCUGGCCACAUCGGACUCAGGAACCUGGGCAACACGUGCUUCAUGAACGCCGUGCUGCAGUGCUUGAGCAGCACCAAGCCGUUGCGAGACUACUGCCUGCGCAAGGAGUUUCACCAGGAGCAGCCUGGUGUCCCCCGGGCCCAGCAGGAGCUCACCGAAGCCUUCGCGGACGUCAUCACUGCCCUGUGGCACCCGGACUCCACAGAGCCUGUGAACCCUGGGCGCUUCAAGGCCAUCUUUCAGAAAUACGUCCCAUCCUUCACAGGCUACAGCCAGCAGGAUGCGCAGGAGUUCCUCAAGUUCUUCAUGGACAGGCUGCACGUGGAGAUCAACCGGAAGGGCCGCAAGACACCCAGCAUCCUCGCAGAUACCAAGCGGCCCUCUGUGCUGGAGGACUCGGAGCUGCUGAGCGAUGACGAACGCGCCAACCAGAUGUGGAAGCGAUACCUGGAGAGGGAGGACAGCAAAAUCGUGGAUCUUUUCGUGGGACAGCUGAAGAGCUGCCUCAAGUGUCAGGCCUGUGGCUACCGCCCCACCACCUUUGAAGUGUUUUGUGAUCUCUCCCUGCCCAUCCCAAAGAAAGGCUUUGCUGGCGGGAAGGUCUCUCUCCACGACUGCUUCAGCCUUUUCACCAAGGAGGAGGAGCUGGACUCGGAAAAUGCCCCGGUCUGCGACAAGUGCCGGCAGAGGACUCGGAGCACGAAAAAACUCACCAUCCAGCGCUUCCCCCGCAUCCUGGUGCUUCACCUGAACAGGUUCUCCACCACCCGCUAUUCCAUCAAGAAAUGCUCCGUUUUCGUGGACUUCCCCCUGCAGCAGCUCAACCUGAGGGAAUUCGCUAGCGAGAAGGCAGGCAGCCCCGGGUACAGCCUGUACGCGCUGUGCAACCACUCGGGCAGUGUGCACUACGGGCACUACACCGCCUUCUGCAGGGACCAGGCUGGCUGGCGGGUCUACAACGAUUCCCGGUAG